AUGACAUUCCCACUAAACAUCCCAACUGAUGCGGAGAUGCGAUCCCGCCGGGAUUCCUUUCCCCCAACCCAGGUCAGGGUUGAGGUUCCCAAACCCGGUAAGACCAGGAGGCAACAGGAGGACCGUCCUUUGCUUGACGACAUCGACGACGACCCCCUUACAUACUUCCUGACACCGACACCCGGUUUUGAAGACGACGAACAAGACAUGGAACUGGACGGGCUGACCUUUGAUGCCGGCAUCGAGGACCCCAGCCAACCGCGGGAGAUUGUCCGCAGUGUGAGCCCCUCCUCUCUGGAUGGCGGGUUUAGAAGCCCGGGAAGCAACAGGUCGUCCUCGCCCUGUUUCGAUUCCGAUGCCACUUCAGGCGACGAGGACGAGGAUGAAUAUAUCCACUUCUCGCCGAGCAGCCCAAGGCUUACACCCCUGCGCGAUCUCUACGUCGACGGGCUGGGCCAGAGACCCCAAAGCCCACUCUUUAAUCGGAGCGCCAACGGCCUCCUGUCGCCAGCGUCGUUCCCCGCCAUUCGGGGCCGGAGUCACAACAGGCCCGUCCGCUCGCGCAGCCUGUCCGCCGCCCGGUCGAGGAAUGCGCGUGUCUGGCGCGAGCCGAGCCCAGACGUCUGGUCUAUCGAGGAGGAGACGGAGGAGGAGCUGCAGAAUGAGAACAGCAUACACAAUGGAGACGGAUUAGACACACAGGCUGCAAAGCCGAAGAAGAGGGUGCGCUUUUUGCUCCCCAACACCAACUAG